UGACGGGUCGGAGAGACAUCUCUGACUGGCCUUGCAACAUCCUCACAUCGCCCGCCCGCGCCAGAUGGGGAAGAAGCGGACCCAUGCCGAGACCAAAGACGGCCCUGCGCGGCCGCCCACGGACAAGAGCCGGGUGAGCGCAAAACACGGCGGCAGGGACGCGCGCAAGAAUGGCACGCCCACGACGCGCCCGAAUUUGCUCUUCACCCCGCAGCCCGAAUGGCACGCCGUCGCCCUGCCGCAACUGCCCAUUGUCGAGCACCCGGCCGUUCCUGCCCGGCACGUCCUCGACGAGCUGCACCAGUAUGCCGACGAGCUGCUGCUCGCCGACGGCGACGAGUAUGCCGCCUCGCACCUGUCCAAGGACUCGUCGCACAAGUUCAUGUCGACCGUCAUGACGUCCGGCACCAUGGAAGACAAGGUCUCGGCCCUGACGCUGCUGGUGCAGGAGUCGCCGCUGCACACCACCAAGGCCUUUGAACAGCUGCUGGGCUUGUCGCGCAAGAAGAGCAGGAGCGCGGCAAUGAUGGCGCUUGCAGCGCUCAAGGAUCUGAUGGGCCAGGGCGUGGUGCUGCCUCCGGACCGAAAGCUGAAGGCUUUUGCGCGCCAGCCCGGCCUGAUCUCCGCGCUGCAGGGCAAGGCGGCGACUUGGAACUAUGGCGACCGGCUGCCGGGAGCGGUCCAGAAGAUCCAUCUCGUCGCGUGGGCAUACGAGGACUGGUUGAAGAAGCAGUACUUCGAGAUGCUCAAGAUCAUCGAAGGAUGGUCCAACGAUGAGGUCGAAUUCUCGCGCAACCGUGCCGUCACCAUGGUAUGGGAACUGUUGAAGGAGAAGCCGGAACAGGAAGAGAACCUGCUCCGGCUGCUCAUCAACAAGCUGGGCGACAAGGAAAAGAAGGUGGCGUCCCGCGCCUCCUACCUGCUCCUGCAGCUGCAGAUCACCCACCCUGCCAUGAAGAGCGUCAUCAUCAGCUCCAUCGAGUCCGACCUUCUAUUCCGCCCGAACCAGAGUGGCACCGCCAAGUACUACGGAGUCAUCACCAUGAACCAGACCGUCCUGAGUGGUCGUGAGCAAGACGUGGCCAACAAGUUGCUCGAGAUUUACUUCAGUCUUUUCGUCGGCCUCCUUAAGCAGCAGAAAGAACACGACAAGAAGGGAGAUGCUGUAGAGAAGCUCAAGAUCAACAAGCACGGUCACGUUCAAGGCGGAGGAGGCAAGCCUGGAAAAGCGGCUCUCAAGAAGCAGGAGAAGGCGGCGACCCAGGCUUUCAAGGUCGACGACGAGAACCGUGAGAAACUGAUCUCUGCCAUCUUGACUGGUGUCAACCGCGCGUUUCCUUUCGCUAAGACGGAUGACGAGAAGUUCGGAGAACAGAUCGACACCAUCUUCCAGAUCACCCACUCGGCCAACUUCAACACCAGCAUCCAGGCUAUGAGUUUGAUACAACAAAUUUCUUCUACAAAGCACUUUUCUACCGACCGUUUCUACCGCACACUUUACGAAUCCCUCUUGGACCCUCGCCUCAUCGAGACUUCGAAACACAUCAUGUACCUGAACCUUCUAUAUCGCGCACUCAAGGCCGACACAAGCAUCAAGCGUGUGCAGGCUUUCAUCAAGCGUCUCUUGCAGAUUAUCCAUCUACACGAGCCGCCCUUUAUCUGCGGUGUUCUUUACCUGAUCAACGAGUUGAUUAUCCAAUUCCCAAGUAUUAGAACCAUGGUAACGGCGCCCGAGGACAACGCGGAUGAUAGCGGUGAAGAGCAUUAUGACGAUGUACCGGAAGAUGGCGAGACCGGGGCACCGAAGAAGCAAUCGGAGACUAAGCGCGCGCAUUACGACGCGAGGAAACGCGAUCCCUCGCACGCAGAUGCGGACUUGUCUUGUCUCUGGGAGCUUCUUCCCCUGCAAGCUCACUACCACCCUUCCGUCCAUGUGCUCGCCACCAAGCUUGUCAACCAAGACCAGAUCAAGGAGAAGCCGGACCCGACCAUCUACACGCUCAUGAACUUCCUCGACAAAUUCGCCUUCAAAAACGCGAAGGCCAAGGCCUCGGCUACGCAUGGAACAUCCAUUAUGCAGCCUAUGGCAGGCACUGCGAAAGCCACUGACUACCUCAUCGCUACUCGCGAUGGAGAUAAAUCGCACGGCGCGCUCAACUCGGAACAGUUUUGGCGGAAGAAGGUCGACGAUGUCCGCGAGGACGAGGUCUUCUUCCACACCUAUUUCGAGAAGGCGGGCAAGGCCAAGCAGGCGACCAAGAAGGAGAAGAAGAAGCGGAAGAAGGACGGCGAGGAGAGCGACGACUCGGGCGAAGAAGAGAUCUGGAAGGCGCUCGUCAAUAGCCGGCCGGAGGUCGAAGGUCCUCAGGACGACGACGAAGGCUUCAGCGACAUCGAUAUGGAAGAUAUGAUGAGCGACGAUGACGAAGAAGGGGGCAUCGGCAUGGACGAGGGCGUCGAGCUCAACCUUGGAAGUGACGAUGAUGAAGAGGACGGUACUGCUGCCGGCGCGGAUGAGUCCGACGACGGCAUGGACGGCUUCGACCUCGAUGACGAAGAGGCCUUUAUCGACAGCGACGACGACAUCCCCGUCGACAUCGCCAUGGAUGACGAGACCGAUGUCGAUGAGACGGCAGCCAAGUCUAAAGAAAAGGACAAGAAGAAGGCCAAAAAGAGGAAGCUCAAGCACCUCCCCACCUUUGCUUCGGCAGACGAUUACGCCAAGCUUCUUGCUGGCGACGACAGCGAGUAGACUGCUUCGCUAUCUUGAUACGCUGUACACACCUUUUUUGCGUUGUAAGCAUCAUGUGGAUUAAAAGUAGACGGAUGGCGCUGGGGUGCGUGCGUGCUUGUGUACUUUUUACUCUUCUGUGUAGAUAUCCCCUAUUUCUGUAAUGCGGAAAAUUCAAACGGCAUCAAUGUAUAG